AAAUAAACCGAAACAAAACAAAAACAUCUGUGCGGCUUGUAGGUUAGUUUUGUUUUAUAAUAAAUGCCGUAAACAAAGUUAUCAGUCAAAAUGAGCAAUUUGAUCAAUUUCGCGCUCAGGCAUGGCGCCAAUUACCUAAAAAGACAUACACUGCAAAGCUUACGCAGUACGGUGCCAGCAAUAGCCAGUAAACUGCCGGCUGCAAUUGCGCCCAUUCGAAGCCAAUCGACCAAAGCUGCCUAUGAUGUGAGCACAAAUGUGCAAAAGGAUAUUAUAUUGUUUAAAUAUGAAAAUCCGAAAUUCUAUAAGAUGCUGAACUUUUUUGGCCUGUGCCAAUUUGUGUUCUGGACGUAUUUAUCGCAUUUCGCCUUUACGACGCUAAAAGAUGCGCCCGUUGUGGAAAAACCUGGCGAAGAGCUGAAAUGGUACCAGCGCAUAAAUCUGGGCGAGAACAAGUAUAAGAAUGGCAUUACUAUAUGCUGUUUUUUAAUAGGUUAUGGCAUUUUGUUUGCCGUCUGGAUGUUUACGCUGCGCUCGGUGCGGUUUCUCAUUCUACGCAAGGGCGGAGAUAGUGUCUCCUUUGUGACUUAUGGACCAUUCAAUCGUAACCGCAUUAUGACCGUGCCACUGAAGUGCAUUUCAGCGGAGGAAUCACGUGAAAUGGCUCGUGUUCAACUGCCCAUUAAGGUCAAGAACAAGGCGCUGUACUAUGUACUGGAUAUGCGGGGCGAGUUCCGCAAUCCGCAACUGUUUGACUAUACUGCCGGAUUAAAGCGUCGUAUUUGAAAU